UUUUCUCUUUUUCGUUAAACUUUCAAGCUUCCUCGUAUCCUAUCACCAUGGCCUGGUUUAAGAGAAACAUACAACUCUUGACUUUUUUUAUCUUUGUGUUCCUUGUACUCCCAACUUUAGUUGUUGGUGAUUGCACAUGUGACCCAGGGGAUGAUGUUCGAGAUAAAGCCAAAGCUCUUAGAUACAAAAUAGCAGCUUUAGUAUCAAUACUAAUUUGUAGUGCAGUGGGUGUUUGUAUCCCAUUCCUUGGUAAAAUUAUACCUGCUCUAAGCCCUGAGAAGGAUAUUUUCUUUGUAACUAAGGCCUUUGCUGCGGGUGUUAUAUUGGCCACUGGUUUUAUUCAUGUGUUGCCUGAUGCAUUUAAUGAUCUUACAUCACCUUGUUUAAAUGCGCAUCCAUGGGGAGAUUUUCCAUUCACUGGAUUUGUGGCUAUGUGCACUGCUAUGGGUACCCUUAUGGUUGAUACUUAUGCCACUGCUUAUUUUCAGAAAUAUCAUUUUAAGGAUACCCAAGUGGAGACUGCAGAUUUGGAGAAGGAACCCGGGCAUGAAGGGCAUGUGCAUGUUCACACACAUGCAACACAUGGUCAUGCACAUGGAAAUGUUCUUUCUGAGUCCUCAGAACUUCUUCGACAUCGGGUCAUAUCACAAGUACUGGAGCUGGGAAUUGUGGUUCAUUCAGUCAUAAUAGGAAUUUCUGUGGGAGCCUCAGAGAAUCCAAAGACAAUAAAGCCCUUGGUGGCUGCUUUGACUUUUCACCAGUUCUUUGAGGGGAUGGGACUUGGAAGUUGCAUAACUCAGGCAAAAUUGAAGACGCUAUCAGUUACAAUCAUGGGAUUAUUCUUUGCUUUAACUACUCCACUAGGGAUUGCAAUAGGUAUUGGGAUCACAAAUGUUUAUCAUGAAAACAGUCCAACUGCACUUAUUGUGCAAGGGACCUUCAAUGCAGCAUCAUCUGGGAUCUUAAUAUAUAUGGCACUUGUAGAUCUUCUUGCAGCUGAUUUUAUGAGUCCAAGGAUGCAAAAAAGUGGUAGGCUUCAAUUAGGAGCCAAUCUAUCUCUUCUCAUUGGAGCGGGUUGUAUGUCUCUUCUGGCCAAAUGGGCUUAA